UUCCGAAAUACAAAAAAUAAUGAACAUCAAUUCUAUCUUAAUUAAUGAAUGAACAAACAUAAAUCUCCCACAAAAGUAUGACACUUGUGCGUGGGUUGUGAUUCAAAUUAUCUAUCUACUUCCUGAUGUAAGUUCAAUUACAGUAUGGCUCUUCUGGUAUCAGUUGAGUAAUAAAUUCUCCAAAAGUUUAAACGAAAAUAAAUCAUUAAUUUUCAACGUUUUUACGCCCAGGAUAAAACUUCUUAACACUGAUUACAAUCAUACCUCUUCUUGGUGUUACGAUCUUCUCGUUACCGAGUUUAUUUUCAACAUACAAAUAAGGGAGUUUCAUGCAAUGAUGGAUUUGAGAAAGGGAUGGAUAUUAAAUCUAUACAGUAUGUUAUUCAUUAAUUUUGAUUCGUUCUUAGAAUCAUUUGCCAAGGAAUGUGCUGAAUGCGAGAACGAAUGUGCUUUAUUGAUGACUAUUAAUGAAUGCUAUUGCCAACGCACAGUGUUCUAUCACACAGAUCGAAGAUGGGACGGUUGGCGAGGAAGAUAUACAGAGGUUGCAGCAGGCGUUUCACAUGCAUAUGUAGAUUGUUUCAAUUUUGUUAUCAGUGAAGGUUUCCUGCUUAGUGGCAGCACUUGCCCUGAAAACCCCUGCCAACAUAUAACCUUCUUCCACAGUAAUAUAUCAACAGUACCUUUCAAUUUCUUCAAAAAAGCAUCACAUUUGGUAGAAAUUUAUUUGAACAGCUCUGGAGUUCAGAAUUUACAAGUGGGUGCCUUCACAGGCCUCAACGAUCUCCAAAUAUUACAACUGGAGUCUAACCAGUUAUCAAAGAUAAAAGCUGGUUGUCUGACCACUUUAUCAACUCUCAAAACACUAGAUUUUCACAACAAUAAAUUGAAAACGAUAGAUGAUGAUGCUUUUAUUGGCUUGAUCUCUUUAAAAUACCUUGAUUUAAGCAAAAACCAACUUACUUCCUUAGCACAUCAGCUAUUAAAUCCAUUGGUGAACCUCAUGUACUUGAUAUUAUCGCAUAAUUUUAUUAGUGUUUUGAAUUUCAGUAUUGAAAAAUUAAACAAGCUAGAAUCUCUAUACUUGAAUCAUAAUAGCAUAGAAACUAUCGAGGAGUGUAUUUCAUAUUCCAAUGUUAAUUCAUUAUACUUGCAAAACAAUGUUAUUUCUUCUUUGAAACAAUCCUGCUUUCCCUAUGCAGUUUCAAAUUUAAACCUAGCUUACAACUAUCUCAGUAGUUUGGACUUUUUUGGAGAUCUUAAAUCCCUGAGAACAUUAAACCUGUCUAAUAAUCAGAUAAACAAGAUACCAAUAGAUGCGUUCGAAAAAUUAAGCAACCUCCUAAAAUUGGAUUUAUCACAGAACGAUAUACACCAAUGCAAAACUGGAAUUUUCAGCGCAGUGAAAAACAUAGAAUACCUAAACCUCAGCAGAACAAACUUGAAUGACACGGGUCCACAUGUUUUUAUUCCAUUGAACAACCUAAAAAUCCUAGAUAUUAGUUAUAACAACUUGAACCAUUGGAAUGAGGAUUGGUUGAUACAUUUUGAUCAUUGUGAAAAAGUAUUUUUGGGUGGAAAUAGUUUUUCUUGCGAGGACGUUUCUUCUAUGUUCAAACAAUCAAAAAUGAAGAAUUUUUCUCUAGUAUAUGAAGCAAAUUAUACGGUUGAAAAUAUAAACGGUCUUCCAUGUGCAUAUAUUGAGGCAAUGUCAAAAAGUACUAUUUUAACAACAACUGAUUCUUUUGUUUCGAAUUGGAAAAACUCGAGAACACAGAUCAACAAUCUCUCAGAAACUCUUGAAAAAUUUUUGUUACACCAUUCAGCAACAGGGCAAACGAAACUCGAAAACUUGAAAGAGAACAUAAAAAGCUCCCUCAAAUCUUUAAAUAACUCAAUUAAAUUUGAAUUUCUCAGUUUCAAUAAAACCUUAUAUGAAUAUUUAAACAUGAUGGGAAACAAUAUGUCCAAAGGUGACCAAAGUCUCGAAUAUGAAAAGUCCAUUACUAAAAACGAACAUCCUUUUCUAAACAAUUCUAUAAUAAUUAACAUGGAAAAAAAAAUAGCAUCCUCCUUGUCGCAACUCAGAUUUUUCAUUGUUAUGGGAUUCUUAAGUUUUGCCUGUUUAUCUGCUAUUGUGAAAAUUAUAACCUGUUGUUUAGCUACAAGGAGAAUAAACAGUUUUGAAAUGGGUCAAGAACUGACUUUUCUAUCGAGAUGAGAACGAAAACAUAUUUUGGUCCUAUUACCCGAAAAUGAAUGCAAUUACCACCUAUAGUUUUAUAAUUGUAUUUAUAAUUUUCUCUUAGUUAAGUGAUGAAAUUCUUUUCAGUUUGUUUCAAUAUUAAGAACAUAAUCAGUUCAUUAUUUUAUGCGUUUUUAAUAUUUAUUUGAAGAAAAAUGUUAAUUUUACAUGAAUUCAAUGUUUCUUAUUUUUUCCUCUGUCAUGAAAUAUUAUUAUUCUUAUUAAUAAAUUGAAAUAUCCAUCCACAAGAUGUUAAUAUUAGUUGUUAAUAUCAAAUAUAAUAAUAUAUCAAA